AUGCGCAAGGAAAUCCCCAUGCUCGAGAAUCCCCCUAACGUCAGGUACUUUAUCAAAUUGCUGCUUCCCCACAUCACCUGCAUCACCAUCCUCCAGCCCAAUCCCACCUUCACUACCAAAACCACCACCACCACCACCCCACCCAUAGACGACAUGGAAUCCUGUUCAGACCCUCUAGACAGUCCCACACACUGGCAGAGUGCGCGCCAAGCAGAUCGUGAGCACCAGAGUGGCGAAGAUGGCCAUAAAGGUAGAUUUUGUUGCUUUGCCAAGGAACCUGUUGAAGAUGUUACAGUUUGGAGCGAGUCGAUCGAAAAGCUGCUGGAGUCCCCAGCUGGCAUGCAUGCCUUUUCGGAGUUCCUGAAGUCCGAGUACAGUGAGGAAAACAUCCUCUUCUGGCUAGCUUGUGAGGAAUAUAAGAAGAUCACGUGCAGGACAGAAAUGACGUGUGAGGCCAAUAGGAUCUACUCGGAGUUUGUACAAACAGAGGCUCCCAGGCAGAUCAACAUCGACUGUAAGACCCGAGCGACAAUAUCAAAAAACAUUUCGGAACCGGAACUGGCCACCUUCGAAAUGGCCCAAGCUCAGAUCUACAGGCUCAUGACGAGGGACUCAUACCCGCGGUUUUUAAAAUCCGACAUCUACCAAGCGUUGCUGCAGAAAUGAGGCUACACCUGGCUUUCUCUAGGAUUAAAAUGUCUUUCUUUAAGAGUGUGUGUUUGGUUCCCUGGUAAAUGCAGGUUCAUGUUCGUUCAGGCUUAAAACGCCGAGUUCCCAUGGAGUUCUACCAUAAAAGCCCCUCUUAAUAGGCCAUUUGGAACUGAGGAACUAAAAGGCUUUUCGUAAUACAAUAUAGUGAUUUAACUCGAUAUGACAGUAUAAUGUAUCUUCACCAAAAGUAAAUUUUCACCACGCAUAAA